UUUCUUCCACUGCUCCCAUGGCGUGAAAGAUAGAGAGAGAAAGAGAGGAGAGAGAGAGAGAGAAACGUUUUAGAGAAUUCAUCUUCGGUUACACUCUCUCGCUUCGCAUUUCUUUUCUUUCCUUUUUAGGGUUCUUGAGGAUAUUGCCGUGAUCCAAAUCUUCCUUUUCUCGCUGUUUGGAUUGGCCCUUUUCAGCUGUUUUUUGUUUUUUUGCUUCGAGUUUUCUGUUCUUUUCUCGGGAAAGUUGGGGAAUUGGAGUUUGAGGCUGGUUGAAUUCGAGUGAUCUGAGUUGAGGAGAGAAAAGAAAAAAAUGGAGGAGUCUUGGAUUUGCCAGUGGAGCGUGAUUAGAUCUCUCUUGGCGAUUAUUCAAUGGUGGAGUUUCAAUGUUGCUGUGAUUGUCGUGAACAAGUGGAUCUUUCAGAAACUGGAUUUCACGUUUCCUCUAUCAGUGUCAUGUAUUCAUUUCAUAUGCUCUGCCAUUGGAGCUUACCUGGUAAUUAAGGUGUUCAAGAUGAAACCAUUAAUAGUGGUUGACACCGAAGAUCGCUGGAGAAGGAUAUUUCCAAUGUCGUUUGUGUUCUGUAUUAACAUAGUGUUGGGGAAUGUCAGCCUGCGGUACAUUCCAGUUUCUUUUAUGCAAACUAUAAAGUCAUUCACCCCCGCAACCACAGUUGUUUUACAGUGGCUGGUUUGGAGAAAGUACUUUGAUUGGCGUAUUUGGACUUCUUUGAUACCCAUUGUUGGAGGGAUUCUUCUAACUUCUGUUACAGAGCUUAGUUUUAACGCAUUCGGAUUUUGUGCUGCCUUAUUUGGCUGUUUGGCUACUUCCACGAAAACUAUCCUUGCGGAAUCUCUAUUGCACGGAUACAAAUUUGACAGCAUAAACACGGUGUACUACAUGGCGCCUUUUGCAACCAUGAUCUUGGCUGUACCUGCAAUGCUACUCGAAGGAAAUGGGGUUCUGGAAUGGCUUCACACUCAUCAGUCUCUUACCUCUUCCCUCAUCAUCAUUUUAAGCUCUGGGGUGUUGGCUUUCUGUCUCAACUUCUCCAUUUUUUACGUCAUUCAUUCCACCACUGCUGUAACAUUCAACGUUGCUGGGAACCUCAAGGUUGCAGUUGCUGUUCUUGUUUCAUGGAUGAUAUUCCGCAACCCAAUCUCAAGUUUGAAUGCGGUCGGAUGUGCAGUGACACUUGUAGGGUGUACAUUCUACGGGUAUGUGAGGCACUUGCUCUCGCAACAGCCGCCAGGCACUCCUCGAACACCCCGUACUCCCCGAAACCGAAUGGAGUUGCUCCCCCUUGUAAAUGAUAAACUAGAUGAUAAGGUCUGAUGGGUUAAAAGUAAGUCAUGAAUUCGGGUUCAUGGCAGUUGGUAAAAGGGUUUAAUAGGAAAGAAUGAAACAAAUUAAAAGGAACAAACUCACAGGUCUUUGUUAUUUAGACUCAGCACUAGAUCACUUAAAAUUUUGACAUAUGUUUUCCCCCCUUUGGGAAUA